AUGUUGCACCGACGGCGGCAAGACGCAGACGGGCGGGCCUCGCCGCAGCCUCAGAUGGCAGACAGGCGCUCGCAACCUCAAGGCGGCAUCUCGCAACUCCUCUCGUCCUCCGCACCCGACAAGGUCGCCGCACGCCGCCGCAUCCUGUACAUCGCAGGCGGCGUGUGCGCAUUCUUCUUCCUCCUUCACCUCGUAUCGGCACCCUCGGGCGGCUCGUCGCGGUCAGGCAGGUCGCUCCCAGGGUUCGGGUCGCGGAGCCAGUACGCCUCGUCGAGGCGGACAGACGCCCUCGUUCGCGCGGCGAAAAAGAACCGUGCGGCGGCGAGCAUCUCGCACGGCGGGACGGGCGGGUACGGCCCCGCCAACUUCAGCGAGCCUCCGCCGUUCACGUUCUGCCCUACGUUUGGGCCAGGAGACGAGCUCGGGAACGUCUACGGGCGUGAGCAGAUACUCAAGACCCGAGCACACACUGGCAGCUCGGAGCGGGUGAGGAGGGUCAUCAAGCGCGCGAUGGCAGGGUUGCCCAUCACCGUUGGCGUUUUGGGAGGAAGUGUGAGCAGCUGUCACGGACUCGAUGCGACGCAGGCGCAUCCGUUGGGCAACCCGACAGGUCCCAAUUGCUACCCGCACCGCGUCUUCUCCUGGCUGAACGACGUCUUCCCGCACCCGGCGAACGAGUUGACGAACGGCGCUCUGCGACGAACGGGCACCUCAUACUUCGGCUUCUGCUCCGAAAUGCACCUGCCUGAUCGUGUCGACCUCGUCAUCGUCGAGUUCGACACUGAGGACCCGCACGAGGCGACCACCCUCUCAACGACCGACCUCCUCGUCCGCUCCCUCCUUCUCCGACCCGACCAGCCCGCCGUCAUCAUGCUCGGCCACUUCUCGCCUCAGAUCCAGGGCGAGCACGGCUUUGCCGGUCCCGAAGUGUGGCACUCGGCGGUUGCGCAGUUCUACGACGUCGUCCACCUGAGCGUCAAGGGCCUUCUCUACGAGGAGUACCUCCUGAACCCGCAAAAAGUCCGCCAGACCUACUUCCUCGACCCGAUCCUCGCCAACUCGAAAGGCCACGAGCUCCUCGCCGACACGCUCAUCGCGUACCUCGAGUCGGAGAUCUGCCAAGUCUGGGAUCAGGCGGCGCUCGAGACGGACCUCGCGUCGCUCAUCGGGUCGAAGCAGGCUGUCUCCCCCCUCGCGCUCAGCGACGACUACCCGUCGCUCUUGUCGGGCAAGGGCCUGCGCAAGGCUGCCGACGCGGGACUCGACGCCGAAGACUCGGACACCUCGCAGUCUGGGUCCGGCCGGAUGGGCAGGUCAGGCUACCUCCGCAUUCCGCCCUUCCGCAUCACCGACAAGCCGCACUCGCUCGCCCACUUCCGCGAGAUCAAGCCCAACUGCGCCUCGGCGAACGACUUGAUCAACCCGCUGCCGCAGUCGGUCUUUGCCGGCUCGGGGUGGUCGCCUAUCCAGCCGAGGCCGGACGACGAGGACGAGACGCACUACUGGUACACUGACAUGCCCGGCUCGCUUCUCAAGAUUCCGAUCAAGGUCGGAGCGGGAGACAUCGCCGUUUACUACCUCAAGGGUCCCGAGGCGGAGGGUUGGGGAACGGUCCUGUGCUGGGUCGACGACAACGUCGAGGGUGCUGUCGAGCUCAAGGGCCACUGGGAGAAGGACUACGGACAGCCAACCGUCACGCAGAUCGACCAGGGCGUCACGAAGGGUCCUCACUACGUCGUCUGCGAGCUGCAGGGUCAGCCCGGCAUCGACCACGCCCGCUUCAAGCUGUUCGGAGUGUUCUCAACCUAA